AUGGAUGCAGUGCAAAGUGCAUCUUGCGUCAAGUUUAACUCCGCCAUGACGAAGCCCGUUAAUAUCACAUGGUUACACAUCACUAACCCACAGAAAAAACGAGAAUGCGUCCAUAAAACUUUUGAAUUGGAUCGUCAGGAAAUAACUGUAGUCCUGGGAUACGAUUGUCUAAAGGAAAGUGAUAUACUUCAUGCCAUACUCCACGCUAUUGGUUUGAAAGACGAAGUGACGCACCCAUAUCGUGAUCGCUACAUGCGAGUGCUUUGGAACAAUAUUAGACCAGAAUAUCGCCAGCUUUAUCAAAUACAAGAAUUGCAUUCUUCAAAAGGUUUGACAGAGUAUGACCCAACAAGUGUCAUGCAUUUUCAUGACCGGGCAUUUAGUAGCAAUGGACAGGCAACCAUUGUACCUUUGAUAUCUGGACUAAUGAUAGCUCCGUCUGAUCAUCUGUCACAACUGGACACUAUGAAACUAAGAUUGAUGUUCGAACACGAAUGUAACAAACGUAAAGUAAGUGAAGUUAUAGAUUCAUGUAAAAAUGUAUUCCACGAUAAACUGAAGGGUUCAGUAAAUCCAAUGGCUAAAAUUUUUGAAAACGGGGACGAUAGUCUUAUUAAAGAAGGCGCCAAUGAAAAAUCUGAAGACAAUAUUUAUGAAAUGAAUGUUAAUAGUACUGAAAACGAUGGUCAAAGUUAUGAAACAGAAAACAGCGACGAUUAUUCUAAAACAAGCGAUUCAGACAUAGCAUCUACUAUAAGUGACGGAGUAAUAGACACAAAGGAAGAAAUAACAGUUGAAGAUUGA